AUGUCGCUCCCCUCCGCCUCCGUUCAAUUGUCUGAGAUACGCUCCUCUACCAACUCUUCCAUAAUAUUCACCUUUUUGAUGGGAAGCUAUGCUGUUGUAUACAUACAUACGUUUCACCUUUAUUUAAUACGGAAACAGGCUCCACAGCGGUUAAUUGUUCUGGGAGCAAUCACCGUCCUUUUUUUAAUAGCGGCUGUUCAGUUCGUUGUUCAGUUGUACAUUGGCAAUGUCAGCCUUCCUCAAACUAACAGCAAUCUUCGCACCGCGUAUGUUGAGCUGUUUCAAAUCCCCAUAUGGACCCACGUCGCCCUUAAUGUAACGUCGUAUGCAAUGUAUAUAGUGGCAGACGGGUUGCUGAUAUGGAGAUGCUUUCAUGUAUAUGGUGGACGCUGGCGGGUCAUUGCAUUGCCAUUAUUAUUACUGAGUCUUGAAAUUGGUUUGGUUACUGCUUCAAUAGUUUACUUUUUGGUCGUCGACUCGGAUGCAACUCAAAACAAAAUUAACAUCUCAAACGAUAUUCAGUCCGCUACGUUUUUUAUGUCAUUUGCGACGAGUGUAUCAACGACAGGUCUCAUCGCAUACCAAAUAUACGCAUCCUCGCGAAAUAUCAAUGGUACUCGAAAGCGAUUCUUGCACAUCCUCGAAAUCAUAAUUCAGUCAGCAGCGGUAUACUCAGCAGUUCUCCUGGUGGCUGCAGUUUCCGGUGCCAUUCCUGACGGAGACAGCUGGCCAACUACUGCGGUAUUUGCAUUGGCAAAUUAUUCGUCUGCCUUAUUGGCCCCGGCUGCGGGUAUAGCUCCCACAGUUAUGGCAGCCCGUGUGGCUGAGGCAUCAUCUCAGGAAGAGCAUUCCCGAUCCAUAUUGCCCAAGUUGUCACAACUAGAGUUCCACAAAUCUAACGGUUCUACAAUGGGGGAGCGGAACUUCAACUCCGAGCUUUACCUGACAUUCAGUAAUCGUGACUCUAGUGGUGAAAACGGAGAUAAUGAUAAACAGGACCUGGCGUAG